UGAAGAUGAAGACCCUCAUAAUCAGCGCUGUGUUACUGCUCAGCAUGGCCCAGAUAGGCUCCUCCACGCUCUGCUAUACGUGCACUAUGUCCCUCACUGAUCAGUCCUGUAUGGAGGUGGCCAACUGCACCGGGACCACCCCGUACUGUGGAACAAGCAGAAUUAAUGGUUUCAUUAUGACGUAUAUCAGCAAGUUCUGCUCCGCCGCCUGCAUCUCCGCCACCCAGAAUUUCACCCACGUGUCGGCCACAGAGAGUUGCUGCUCCUCCGACCUGUGCAACACCGAACAGAUCGGAAACGUCAACAGCGCCUUCCUGGGAAGUGGCAGCGGCGGUCUAUCUGGCAGUGCCCUUCUGCUGGUCACUAUUGGCAGCCUCCUGAACGCCAUCUUUGCCAUAUAAUGGGAAAAACUAGAUUACAGUGAUACAAUGUGAUGUUGGUUGUUCCAGAAUAAUAAUAAAUUACCCAAACGAUGCAGGAGGGGGCGCUAUGUGAACUCACUAAGGUGGAUGAUACAGAAUAUUUAAUAUGAUACGUCUAGUGUAGUUGUCUCCAAAUUUUAC